CUCCCCAUGGCAUCAUCUGAGGUCAAUGUUAAUGUGGAGGAGGUGGUAGUCGUGACAACGCCGGAUGGAGCAGGGGAGGGCUCGGAUGCAGAGGUGGUGAAGACUGUGCUGGUGGCUACAGAGCUGACCCAGGCAGGGGAGGAACUUACAGAUGGAAGCGUGGAGUCAGAAACCGACGCCACCAUCACUGUGACAAAGGAGGCAAUCCUAGUGAAGCUGUCAGAAGAGAUGGAUGUGGAAGCUGAUUUGGUCUACCCAAUCACUUGUGGGGAUGUGAAGGGCACCCUGGUCUGGAAGAAGUUUGUUUGCCCUGGCAUCAACAUCAAAUGUGUCCAAUUCAAUGAGCAUCUCAUCAGUCCCAAGGAAUUUGUCUAUCUGGCUGGGAAAUCUACAUUGAAGGACUGGAAGAGAGCCAUUCGCGUGAACGGCACUAUGAUCAGGAAAAUCAUGGACUCAGGCGAGUUGGAUUUCUACCAGCACUCCAAGGUGUGCUCCAACACCUGCCGCAGUACUAAGAUUGACCUGGUGGGGACCAGAGUGUCACUCAGCAGCCAGCAGGCCACCGAAUAUGUUCCUGUCACUCCUUCCUUAUCUGACGUGAACGGAUCACCGGCCAUGUUUCCAACAGAGGUAUCAUCAGACGACACCACGGAAUGGGUCACGGCCAUAGGAGAGGAUUCUGUGACCUUCUGGAGGGGUCUGAAGGAGGCUGGGUUGCUGGAGGAAGUGGUGGAGGACUUCCAGAAGGAGAUUCAGGAGGUGCUAAAGGGAAUGCAGGAGCGCAUCACCGAGCCUCCCCUGCAGGUCAAUGAUGCUGUGCUGCUGAACAAUAUAGUGCAGAACUUCGGCAUGCUCGACUUGGUUAAGAAGGUGCUCGCCAGUCACAAGAGCCAGAUGGACCGACACAGGGAGCAGUAUUCACGCAGUCUUGUCGCUCUGGAGCAGCAGUGUGACGAGCACAGGAAACGUGCCAAGGAGUUAAAGAGCAAAUCCCAACACCUCAACAACGUCCUCAUGACCCUAACUCCCGUGGCCGUGCCGUCCACGCCCAAACGCCCACGCCUCACCCGCGCUGUCUCAGGCCCUGCCGUUAUGUCCAGUGCCCCCACCCAGAUCACCCUGCCCCUCACCCAGCUGGCAGGCCUACCUGCUGGGUGCAAAGUGCUCUCGAUAGGGGGAGCCGGUGCCGGCCAGCAGACCUACACGGUGCUGACCUCCCCCACGGGCGAGCUGGGGCCAGAUGCCUCCAAUCUGACUGUACUCUCCACGGCCGCCGCCGUUCAGGAGGGUGCACCCGCACCAUCAGCCUUCGUCAAGAUGGUCAGCUCAGGCUAUCAGCUGAUCACGCUGCCUGCCGCGUUGAGCACCCAGCUACAGGGCCUGGCUGGGGGCACGGCCCAGGGCACCACUACCAUGAUGGCAGUACCUAUGGGUAACAACGCACUGCAGAGCACGGCAGCAGUGGUCACAGCAUUGGGGAGACGGGUGGAGGUUCAUGUGCAGGAUGGUGUGGCACCAGAGACUGAGGAGCAGGAGGCGAAGGAGACGGUGGAGAGUUAGAGAGAUGUACUCCUCCUGUAGUGUUAAAAACACGUUGGGGACUCCUCACUGGUUUGGAGUGCAAGUACUGGAACCAGUGCCUAGGUCUAGUGGUGUUGAACUAUGAAGGACCCAUAUCAGUAAAGAUUACUUAAAAUGUAUAACUACAUGCACUGCUCAUUUUACUCAAAGCACACUGUGUGUGUGUGUGUGUGUGUGUGUGUGUGUGUGUGUGUGUGUGUGUGUGUGUGUAUAGAGGUGAAAAUGUCUGCAGAAUUGAGUUUGGAAUUCAUAAGUGUAUAUUUUUAUAAUCAUGCAAGUAGAUGCCGACUCUGCUCAAAAGCCAUGAUCUUAGUUCUUCUCAGGUGUCCAUUUUCACUGGGGUGUAGGUGCCAUGUUCACAUUCUCUUUACAUUGUGCUAAAAAUGUAAAUUCUACAAUCUUUCAACAUCAGAAUGUUUUUCCUUUUCAACAUUUAAUAACUGUAUAUAACUUUUUGUUCAAUAUUACAAUGCAUUUUAUUAUAUAGUUAAUAUUUUUGAACAAAUGAAAAGUGAACAAACUGGUGGUUUUGUUGAACUUGUCAGUGUACUCUGUAAAUUAAUUGUAUAAAUUCUUAAAUCUAGACAUUACUGGAAAACUUGAAGUAUUUGGCAUUUGUUUUUAUUUCUAAACCAGUUGUUCAAUUCACCAUGAAAUCAACUUUUUAAUAGCUUUGUGUAACAUUUCUUCUGAGCAGAAAAGGCAUUGAGUUGUGAAUUUCAGUCUUCUCAUUAACUUAAAUGACAUGGAUCAUGAGAGGGCAAAUCAAAUGCAACCUUGAACAAACAGUGAGUCCACAUGAUCAUGGCCCUCGCUUGAUGGGCAAGCAUACAAGCUAGGCUACAUGACUGUUAAACUCUCCGUCUGGUCGCGCUGCAAUGAAAUACUGUAGGUAAGCUUAAGUUUGUAUAUGGCCCUGUUUUUACACAGUUUUUCUAUUUAAACUUACUCAUGCUUGUUACACGCUCUGAAAGCUGUUAUUGUACUGCAUCGGUCUGUUACAAUAGCCAAUGUUUACUAUGCAUGUUUUCAGACCUGUCUCUAAUAUGCUACUAGCCCCACACCUUGAUAUCAGAACAUGCCGGUAGGGAGUGCUGAAGGGUUUAUUUUGCUUCUCCAGAUAUUCCUUUAUUAUUUUCCCCUAACCCUACCUCCACUAAUUGGAGUAAACUAAUGGACAACUACACCUAGGCUUCAACUUCCAGCUUAUACAUGUCCAAGCUGACAUACUAUAUAUAUUUUACAGACGCAGUAUAUUUAAGCAAUACGGCCCGAGGAGGAGUGGUAUAUGGCCAAUAUACCAUGUCUAAGGGCUGUUCUUACGCACAACAAAACACGGAGUGCCCGGAUACAGGCUGUAUACUGGCCAUAUCACAAACCCCCGAGGUACCUUCAUGUAAUUUGAGCUGUAAAAUUAAAUGUUUUGUCAUACCUGUGGUAUACGGUCUGAUAUACCACUGCUGUCAACCAAUCAGCAUUCAGUGCUCGAACCACCCAGUUUAGGAUUUACAAUAGUUAUCUUUUGUUUAUUUUUAGUUCCAGCCUUCAGCUCCCCUCAACCCCUCCCAUCUAUCUCUGAAGACCAUCCAGUUGUGAUUUCUACUUGCCAUAUUUUUCAACUUUGCUAUUUCACAAAAGUUAUGAACCUAUAUGAAUUUUACGGAUACAGUAUAUUUUACAUUUGUUUUCUUGUUAUCCAGAUACUCAUCUUUGGCCAGUGACUGCUGACAGGUGUGUUGCACUUGGUUUUGGGUGCAUAGAGCAAAUUAAAUCAGAUGGCAUCAACCGUGAAUGUUGAGUUUGAUUUUCCCUUUCGUGAUGGGAACUUUAUGUUCAAAGUUCAAAACAUUUUGAUCGUAAUGCCAAUUUCAAGAAUCAAAUCGCUGAACUUCAAAGACUACAACAGUUUAUUCAAUGUGAAUCAUUCGAGCUGACUCAUGAUUGUGAAUGCAAUGAAAGGCGCUCCAUGAUGCUGAAAUGCACCACGAGCCUAUCUGCAUUGGUACUCCACAAUGUCCAAUGCUCCACGCUGUCCUCUUGGCAAUGUAGGGCUACUCGUCCACAAGAUGGUGCUAGUGCCAAUUUCACUCAUCAGCAUUCCAUUUAGUUGGGUGAUUGAUUUUAAGAAACGUAUUGAACAUGGAUUAUAAAUGAAAACACCAAAGGUCCUCAUCAUCCUCUGUUCGCUAUGCUGCAGGCCUGUAGGCCAUGUUUUUGCUGAUGUUGGUGUUCUUCUCGUUUGUUGAAAUAUUGCAGUUGUCUCAGAACCACAAGUCUUAAAAAAAAAAAAAAAUGUAUCAAAUGAGAUGAUCAACUUUGACACUUAAAGACGUUUAGGGUCACAGGUUGUUGGCAGUGCCCAAAGAUGUGUGUAUUUACGUGUUUGGUCACCUUUGGCACUACAAGGUGAAUGGCAAGAUGUCCAUUGGAUUACAUUUUGUGGGGGAUUUUUUCUAUUGUAGCCAGUGGCGACCCAUCAUUCGGGGCUUAGAAGAAAAAAAAUGUGUUGCCUGUUUUUGCAUGUUAUUUUGGCAUUUAAUACUUGUCACACAUCAGUUUGCAAAGAAUGUAAAACAUAAACCGUUAAUAAAGCUGCCUACAAACAUG